UUUGCAAAUAAAACUAUAAAAUAACACAAAUUGCAGAGUUACCCUCGUUUCCUAAACCCUAAAACAACUCAACUCGCCGUAUAACAACAAAAACUCACCGAAAAACGCCACCGGAAUUGUUCACCGGCCACCGCAAACAGAAAAGUUUGAUUAUAGUGAAUUCACAAUAUGGCUUUAUUCUUGAAGGAGAAUGCUCUCAAAAGGGCAGAAGAGUUAAUCAAUGUGGAGCAGAAGCAGGGUGCUCUUCAGACGCUGCACGAUGUUAUUACUUCGAAAAGAUACCGAUCAUGGCAGGAAAUACAAGAAAAGAUUAUGUUUAAGUAUGUAGAGUUGUGUGUAGACUUGCGGAAAGGACAGUUUGCGAAGGAUGGGUUGAUUCAUUAUCGGAUCAUAUGUCAGCAAGUGAAUGUUGGUUCGCUGGAGGAGGUGGUUAAGCGUUUUAUUCACCUGUCAACGGAGAAAGCUGAAAAAGCCUGUAGUCAGGCUCGGGAAAUGGAACAAGCCCUCGAUGUUGAUGACUUAGAGGCGGAUAAAAGGCCAGAGGACUUGUUGAAGUGCUAUGUCAGUGAGGAGAAAGGAAAAGAUAGAUCUGAUCGGGAGCUUGUUACCGCACGAUUUAAAUUUCUCUGGGAAACUUACAGGAUAGUGCUUGAAGUAUUGCGGAACAACUCAAAAUUCGAAGCUUUAUAUGCUAUGACAGCUUAUCGAGCUCUCCAGUUUUGUAAGCAGUACAAAAGGAAAACAGAAUUUAGAAGACUCUGCGAAAUCUUAAGAAACCAUUUGGCUAAUCUUAACAAAUAUCCGGACCAACGUGACCGACCUGAUCUUUCUGCUCCUGAAAGCUUGCAAUUGUAUCUUGAUACUAGAUUUGAGCAGCUGAAAAUUGCCACUGAACUUGAACUCUGGAAGGAAGCCUUUAGAUCUGUUGAAGAUAUACAUGGCCUAAUGUGCAUGGCCAAGAAAACAUUGAAACCAUCCUUGAUGACGGUUUACUAUGCGACGUUGAUCGAAAUAUUUUGGAUAUCUUCAAGUCAUUUAUAUCAUGCAUAUGCAUGGUUCAAGCUCUUUUUGUUACAAAAAAGCUUCAACAAAGAUCUGAGUCAGAAGGAUUUGGAGUUCAUAGCAUCAUCUGUUGUUCUAGCUGCACUUUCAGUGCCUCCUCAUGAUCGUAAUUUAGAACUAGAGCAUGAAAAGGAGCGAAAUUUGAGGAUGGCUAAUCUCAUUGGCUUUAAUCUUAAAAAUAAGAUGAAUAGCAGCAAAGUGCUCUCAAGGUCAUCACUUCUUGCUGAACUGGCAUCAAAGGGUGUAAUGUCUUGUGUUGCACAAGAAGUGAAGGACAUUUACUAUCUUUUGGAAAACAAAUUUCUUCCCUCAGACUUUGCACUUAAAGUACCACCCUUGCUAAAUAAAAUUUCAAAAUUAGGGGGUAAGUUUUCGUUUGCUUCAUCAGUUCCAGAGGUACAAUUGUCGCAGUAUGUCCCAGCACUUAAAAAGUUAGCUACUCUGAGGUUGCUACAACAGGUGUCCAAUGUGUACCAGACAAUGAAGGUUGAGAACUUAGCUGGGAUGAUGCCUUUCUCUGAUUUUUCCGUUGUGGAAAAAAUCUCUGUAGAUGCUGUUAAUCAGAAAUUUCUAUCGAUGAAAGUUGACCACAUGAAAAAAGUUGUAAUUUUCUGCAAGAAGAGUCUUGAGGCUGAUGGCUUAAGGGAUCACUUGGCCAGUUCCGCUUUGAAUAAGGCAAGGGAAAUGAUAUCUCCUCCUGAUAGGAAACAAUCAAAACUUGGACCCUUGCUCCCAUCUUUGUUAGAGGUUGUGGCCAAAGAUCACAAGAUUCUCCUUGCUCGAAAAUCAAUUAUUGAGAAGAGGAAAGAAGUACAAGAACGGAAGCCUCUUGAAACGGAACAAGAGGAGGAAUCAAAAGAAGCCGCGGAACAAAGGCAGCUUUUAACUGUGUUUAAUAGUGAGCAUAGGAGGAAUCAAAGGAUUCACCGAGAAAUAGCCGAAAGAGAACAUGAAGAAGCUGAAAGGCAUAGAAAUGAGGAAUUGAAUUUGACUAACCAACUCAGGAUGAGACAAGAAAUGGAGAAGAAACUGAAAAAAUUAAGUAAAACCAUGGAUUUUUUGGAAAGAGCUAAGAGAGAAGAGUCUGCUCCGCUAAUCGAAGCGGCAUAUCAACAACGCCUAGUGGAAGAGAGGAUUCUUCAUGAGCGUGAGCAACAACAAGAGGCUGAACUGAAGGAGCGGCUUAGUCAUAGGAUGGAGAAUAAACAGAUAUUUGAAGAGAAAGUUUUCAAUCGUCGGAAAGUAGAAUUUAACCGACUGGGGGGAGAGAGGGAGGAAUCCAGGAAACAGGAGAGGGAAAAAAUGAGGAAGUUGAAGCAUUAUCUUCGGUUGGAAGAACAGAGACAGCAAAAAUUGAAUGAGGAGGAAGAAGCUCGGAAGCAUGAAGAGGCUGAGAGAAAAAAGAAGGAAGAGACCGAACGCUUAGCGAAAUUGGCAGAGAUACUUGAAAAGCAGAGGCAAAGAGAAAGAGAAGUUGAAGAAAAGGCUGAGAAGCAAAAGAGGGAAGCAUUGGCAGGCAAACCUAAUGAACCAGCUUUGAGGCCUUAUAAGCCUCCUCCUGCCCGUCGUUCAUUGGAGUCUGAUACUGCUGCACCUGCAACUUCCUCAGCCCCAGCUCCAGGGAAAUACAUUCCCAAGUUCCGGCGAGGAGGAGCUUAAACCACACGAGCUCUUUCUCAUCUAUUUUUUCAUUACAAAACUUACUAUACAUGCCAUUUGAUCAUCUUUUUCCUUACACGCUAAGUCUUUCAGAGACGUUCUUAGAUUACAGGACCAAAAUCCAUAUUAGUUUUAUACAAUCAAUUGUUUGAGUAAUUUGAUUUAGAUUUAAAUUUUGUGGAGCUUUUCGCCUAA